GCACUUGCACCGCCUCCCCCUUCUUCGGAAGUAAUCGAAGCUGGCUGCUCGCUUUUCUAAACACGCCGCUUCCUCUCUCGGAAAGUUUCCCCCGGAAUCCCUGCGGAACUUUCCUUCCAAACAAUCACUCAAUGUCUCCUCGCACCUUACAUGAAUCAGAACAAGAAAAUCCGGGGAUCUCCGGCAGCGAAGAUGACCGCGACGACGAAGACGACGUUUUGGACGAGGACUUACAAGCCCUAAGGCGAGCUUGUAUGAUCACAGGCAUGAACCCUAGAGACCUCCAUGAUAACAUACCCUCCCCCUUCUCCCCCUCUGCCGCCGCCGUAAACCGAGACUACUCCGCUAAAUCUGCCGAUUCCGAGUCCGAUGACGACCUAGAAUUGGUCAGAAGCAUUCAGAAUCGGUUCUCUGUCUCGUCCGAUCUAUGCGAGCCCCUGUCAUUAGAGCCUCUGGCUUCUGUCCCGCAGGACGCGUCGGACGAGGAGGACGAUUUCGCGACGCUCCUCGCAAUUCAGCGCCGGUUUUCGGGCCACGGUUGUGAUACUUUUAAACACGGGAUUGGGAGUUUGUUAAAGAAACCUGAGCAGGUUCAUGCCUCUAGCCUAUCCUUGGAGAAGGAAACAACAGAUAAUUUGUUUGUUAAUAGAACUAAUGCCUGUGAAGGAUUUACAGAUGCUGAUGAUUUUUGCAACUCCCGUUCAUUGGAUGACAAUGAGGGGGUGCAGCCUUCUGGUCUCAUUGAGAGCCAUCAAUCACGUGCAUGUAAUUCACCUAUGUUGCCACUUAAAAAGUCAUGCUUCCCAAAGUCUGCACUCUCGCUUCUCGAUGCCAUUAAGAAGAAUAGAUCAAGUCAGAGGUUUCUUCGAAGUAAGUUAAUUCAGUUAGAAGCAAGAAUUGAGGAAAACAAAAGACUGAAGGAGCGUGUUAAAAUCCUUAAAGACUUCCAGGCUUCUUGCAAAAAAAGAACAGGGCGGGCAUUAUCCCAGAAAAAGGAUCCACGUGUCCAGUUAAUUUCAGUGAAAAAAUCGUGGGCUUCUAAGGAUCCAAAGAUUGAUGAUAAACGGCUUUCUGCCAUGUAUCAUGGUCCAGAAGAAAAUUCUCAUGUUUCUAACUAUAGAAUGGUGCUUACCAACUUUCCGCUCACCUUAGAACAGAAAAAAUGGUCAAAGGCAGAAAGGGAAAAUCUUGGAAAGGGGAUAAGGCAACAAUUCCACCAACUGAUGGUGCAAAUUUCAGUGGAUCGGUUCAGUGGCUCAGACGCAUCUUCUGGGGAUACUAAUGAUUUUGAUAAGAUUCUCAUGUCAAUUAAAAAUCUCGAAGUUACACCAGAGAAGAUUAGGGAGUUUCUGCCCAAGGUUAAUUGGGAGCAAUUAGCUUCCAUGUAUGUUGUGGGUCGCUCUGGUGCUGAAUGUAAAGCAAGAUGGUUAAAUUAUGAAGAUCCCUUAAUCAACAACAAUCCAUGGACGGCUAAGGAGGAUAAGAAUCUUUUGUUACUUGUCCAAGAGAAAGGGAUCAAUAACUGGUUUGAUAUUGCAGUAUCUUUGGGAACAAACAGGACCCCUUUUCACUGUUUGGCACGUUAUCAAAGGAGUUUGAAUGCUUCCAUACUAAAAAGGGAGUGGACUAAGGAUGAGGAUGCUCAACUACGCUCAGCUGUAGACAUUUUUGGUGAGAGGGAUUGGCAGUCUGUAGCUUCUACUUUGGAAGGACGGACCGGUAACCAAUGCUCUAACAGGUGGAAAAAAUCUCUUCACCCAACUAGGGAAAGAGUGGGGAGGUGGAUUGCAGAUGAAGACAAACGCCUGAAAGUAGCUGUGAUGCUUUUUGGGCCAAAAAAUUGGAAUAAGAUAGCUCAAUUUGUGCCUGGUCGAACUCAAGUGCAAUGUAGAGAGAGAUGGGUCAAUAGUUUAGAUCCUUCAUUGAACUGGGGUGAAUGGACUAAAGAGGAGGAUUCCAGAUUGAAAGCAGCAAUUAUGGAACAUGGAUAUUGCUGGUCUAAAGUUGCUGCAUGUGUGCCUCCACGUACAGAUAAUCAGUGCCGGAGGAGAUGGAAGGUGUUGCUUCCCGAUGAAGUGCCUAUGCUUCAAGAAGCCAGAAGAAUACAGAAAGCUGCUCUUAUAUCCAACUUUGUAGAUCGGGAGUCAGAACGUCCUGCCCUUUAUCCAAGUGACUUUCUUCCAUUGCCAAUUACUUCGAUAUCAGAACCAGAAUAUCUAAAUCCUUGCAGCAUGCCGAAGGGAAGAUUAGGCAAUGCUCCGAGGAGGAUUAGAUCCAAGAAGAGUGAACAACAAUCUCAAGCUUGUUCUGCUACUACUCGGAAGAAAACGUAUCCUAAAUCACAUUCAAGGAGCAAGAAAUGUACCAAACCAGUUGCAGACAACUUGAGUCCACCGCUACCCGUCCCCCCUGGGAUUUCGGAAUCAGGGACAAUUAAUGAUGAUUGUAUAGAUCAAAGAGGGGUGUAUACUUCCUCUAUGCAUGGGGGAACUCCAAGAUCAAAGGAUAAGAUUGUAGCUUCAUCCAAUGCUCCAAGGAGGAUUAGAUCCAAGAAGGGUGAACCUCAUGCUUGUUCUGGUACCACACAGAAAGAAAAGAAUCCUAAAUCACGUUCAAGGAGAAAGAAAUGUACCGAACCCAUCGCAGACAAUGGUCUGCCGUUACCCCUACCCACUGGAAGUUUGGAAUCAGGCACAAUUAAUGAUGGUUGUAUAGAGGCUGCUAUUGACAAGAGUUAUGGAGCAAAUGAGUCUGGGAGGAACAUAUGCUCGACAGAUUUGGGGAAAAGCUGGAAUUCAACAUGGUCUUCUGGAAAGUCAAUGUUUGUGAGAAAGAAAUAUAUUGAACCAGUUGCGGACAACUUGAGUCUGCCGUUACCCCUACCCCCUGGAAGUUUGGAAUCAGGGACUAUUAAUGAUGUUUGUAUAGAGGCUGCUAUUGGCAAGAGUUCUGCAGCGAAUGAGUCUGGGAGGAACAUAUGCACUACAGAUUUGGGGGAAAACCGGAAUUCAACAUGGUCUUCGGGAAAGUCUAUGUUUUCUGAAAUUACUAACAAUACUGAACGUCCUCUUGAUCAUACGUCUUGUGUGGAUUUGACACUGUUAACUAUAUCUAAUGGUCAAGUGGUUGAUUCACUGGAUGGGAAUGUUUGUGCAGGGCAGGAGGGGACUUUUAAAUUACAACCAGAUAGGAAACAAUGCAUGGAUUUGACAGAGGAUAGCCACAUUUCCUGUUUUCAUCCGGUAAGUCUGGAUUUCAGGAAGAAUGAUGGUGAAGGUGUUGGAAGCAGCUUUCUGGAUAAGGGAAACAGGGUUCUAAACCUGCUAAAGAGAAGGAAAAGAAGUAACGAACCAUCAGGGGAAUGCCACAAUGUAUCUCUGCCUUGCCGACAAGAUGGGCCCAAAGUCUCAACUUGUAGAAACAUUUCUAAGCAGAAUUUAGGGACAGGAGAUAGUGACGGCAUGACACUUGCUUCCUUUCUUUCCUAUAAACCAACGAAGAGAAGGCUCAAAGUUGCCAAAAAUGUUCAUGAGGCUUGCUCUCCAGGUAGUUUAAUAAAGGUUGCCGACUCACAUCCCAAUGAAGUUGAUAAACUUCAUGAUGGAAACCAAAUACUAUCUGCUGUACAAGAUCUGGAAUCUCAGGCAUGUUUUCAUGCUGGAAAUCCUGAUAAUUUGUUGACUUGCACGUUGCAGUCGGUUAGUGCGGAGGAUAUGCCUACUGUUGCAGAUGGUGACAGUGGACCUGGGAGGCAAGAUCUUGUUCAACAGCAGAAGGCGUGUCUCCAUGAACCAAUGAGCAUCGGUCUAGAAGAUGAUGAAGAUGAUAGCAAUAUAACUCUGGCUUGCUUUAUGAAAAAUAAAUGGAAAAGGAGGCGAUUCCAAUCUGCAAAAACUGCUAAACAUCGUGAUGGGAAUCCAUUCAUCAAGCAAAAAUAGGGAUCUCAGAUCCUGAAAAUCUCACCUUGCUACCUGGGGUUUCAUAAGGGCGAGGAUAUGCGGACUUGGCGGAGCAUCAAUCUGGAAGGUCAUCAUAAGGUUAGUAAUAUGUCAUAUAUAGUGGAAAAUAUUUUUUCGACAAUCGACUUAUUUGUGAUUCAGGUGGUGGUUGAAUAAAAGCAGCUUACAAUUGAGCCUUAAUUUCUUGUCGAGUUAUCACAGUAAGAGGUGCAUAUUUCGCAAUGGGAAUUAUGCAAUUUUGCCGGAGUUACAUCUGUACAGCUGAGGUUUUAUAUUCUUUUGACAUUCUUUUCCCAAAUGAGAAACCAUAAAGUGCAUUUUCGUAUCUGCUACUAAUGGCUGCUUGAGAUAUUGAAAUUUUUCAAAGA